ACCAGAGAGGAAAUCUAAAAUCUCAGCCUCGCGCAAGCUCAUGCUGAAGAGCAUGAUGGUGGCCAGGGCGAAGGAGGAGCUGGAGCAGGAGAUGGAGGAGAAAGAGGAAGAGAAGUCAAAGUACCUGGAGGAGAAGGCCCCCCCGAUGCAGAUCAGUUGCAUGUCCUUGACAGAGCUCGAGACAUUAUGUGAAGAGCUGCACGCCCAAAUCGACGUGGUGGACGAGGAGCGGUACGACAUUGAGGCCAAAGUGAUGCACAACAGCAGAGAGAUCAAAGACCUGAACAUCAAGGUGCUGGACCUGCGAGGGAAGUUUAAGAGACCCAGCCUCAGGAGAGUGAGGGUUUCUGCUGACGCCAUCCUGCGCUCCCUGCUGGGCUCAAAGCACAAGGUCUCUCUGGAUCUGAGAGCCAACCUCAAAUCGGUCAAGAAGGAGGACACGGAGAAGGAAAAGACUGCGGAGGUGAGCGACUGGAGGAAGAACGUGGAGGCCAUGUCGGGCAUGGAGGGCCGCAUGAAGAUGUUUGACGCAGCGGGCUCCAGCCAGUGAAAUCCAGGAGCUGCCAUUCACAACUGAAAUACAGUCACUUGUGAUCAGAUCGGAGACUGAAGCUCCGCAGGGUCACACAGACGAUUACUUGCUUUAUCAUAUUCAGUAUCUUUUAUGUGUUUUGCUUCAUUGUCACCGAAAUAAACUCAGCAAAUGAA